UUUAAAAGAAAUUUCGAGAAAACAGAUUCUACCGCCCCCUGGUGGCACGCGUCAAUAUCGCGGGGAACGCAGCGAGUUCCCACCGCGAAAACUAGCGCCCGCUUCCCUCUACACGUAUCGGAAAAAACCCCGCCAGAAGACUGACGAACAGCACGCUGUACAGGGAACCUCAAGAGUCGGUCCGCGUGCACGUGGCCAGUACCGAACGCGUCUCAGUCAGUCGACAUGUCUGGCGGUGUACACUCGUCGUCGUAGAACCCAGUGCCGUACGUGUUCAAUCGCGCGCAUAUAAGUUGCCAGUAUAAGUCGGCCAACUAUUUGGCGCCCACGCUCACGUACGAUGAAUAAUUCACUGUGCUACAGUUAUUUGCUGUUGUUCGCGUUAGCGCUGCAAUCGUCGCUGUCCGUUUCGACUGGAGCCGUUACCGGUGCACCGGGCGGCGACGACGCACCGGACUCAUCGCGAACGCUGCAGCAGGCGAUCAACACUGCAGCAGAGUCGGUACAACUAAAAAACAUUGUUGCGUUAAACAGUACCGUGUCCGAAACCCUUCAGAACAACAACAACUCCACGUCCGCGGAGUCCAUCGUCAAUUCGUCACUUCGGGAACCCACGGUCACCGCCGGUGCUACGACCGCGGACGUCGAGACCUCCAACGAGAGCCGGCCGUCGUCCGAAUCGGGCGAACGCGAUGACCGCGCCAGUGACGGUGUCGACGGCGAAGGAGGCGUUGGCGAAGAAGAAGACGACGACGCUGGACUUGCGGCGGACGUGGGUCGGGUGGCCGACCUGUACGAAGAUUUAGAAGACUCGGUAGUGUUCGAAGACUCCGAGGCUGACGGCCACGGCGGCGGUGCUUCGGGAGCCGCGGGCGGUGGCAGACUCCUGGACGAACAUCACAUGUUGCCCAUCGAGAACGGGAUACUGGUACCGGCCGCGGCUACGGACGACGAGUCUUCGGCGCCAGCUGCCCCCCAGGAAUACGACACCGCGAGCGCAGAGGACGCGGCCACGGCCGGCACCAAUCCCGCGGUCAGGUCCGUCAAGUUUCCCGAGUACGUCCGGUCGUCCAGCUACCGAAGAGGAUGGCCCCCCGGUGGCGCGGGCAACGUCACCCGGCCCGAAGAGCUGUUCCGGUUUUGGGACCCUAACGCGUGGACCGCAGCCACGUCCAAGAUUUCGGCCCAGUGCGCCGACCACGUGGAACAGUACCAAACGGCACUCAGGAACGGAAAAAUGUGGGCCUACAAAAGUAUGUCGAGUUAAACAUAAUAUAAUAUAUAGCGGGCCAUUUGUUUACGGUGUGUCCGAAUGAUAAAUGUGUAUCCUAGUGCUGCCCUAUUGAUCGGCUAUUGGCAAUUAUUUAAUUAAUUAGAUUUUAAGUCGAGUUAAAAAUAAACGAAAAAAAAUGUUCAGUUAAUAAACUAGCUAAAAAAAAAAAAAAAUCAAUUCAUUCGUGAAGUUAAAAAUAAAAAUUAACAACAUUCAAUUACAUUUUUUCAAAUCAUAAAUAUUCAGCGAUACGACGGUUUCUUUUUCAAUAUUAUUUAGUAAAUGUUCACUGAAAUAAAAAAAAAAAUAGCCAGAAACGUAGUUAUAAUGCGAAUCCAUUUUCAAGAAUAUAAUCCGAAUGAAUCAGCUAAUUAAUUAUUCUAUUUCAUUCAAAUACGCAAUAAGAAAUCGAUUCGAUUACACGUAAUGGCAAAUACGCGGGUAUACGAUUUCCGCGUGUUUACGAAAAAACUCGCAGCUCUAAUGUCAUUGAUUAACGGUGGAUUAGGUUACGCGCGGGUUGUCUUUUUAAACAGCGUUGGAGUCGGUUUUCGAAAUUUGAGAAAAUUGUGUAAAAUGUAAGACAUUUUUUUUUUUAUAUUUCAAUGACCACUUGUUAAGACAUUUCCACGCUAAUCUACUGCCCGAUACCCAUUUAAGGGGAAGGGCCGAUACGGUCGUUUCUACGCCAUGAACGUGUACGCGGUGGCUAUACGCCCGACGAAAAUUUUGGGAUUUACAGUAGUUUGAUUUAAAAAAUGAAAAUACGUUUGAAUUCAUAAACAAGUUUACUUUGCGUGGGCCGGGGCACUUUUCAAUUCUGUCAAUUAAUUUACGAUAGUAAACCGUUUGAAAUUCGUAUAUAUUUGUCAAUUUCAAUGGUAAAUAACGAGAUCAAAUAUGUCACCCCAAGUAUGAAAAAUAUUUAUAAAAUUAUAAAGCUUUACGAUUUUGAAAUCGAACCACGGGAAGUACAUCAAUUAUUGUCGGGCGUAUAGGUAUUUUUUGCGAAAAUUGCAUGGUGAUUGCGAUCCCCUUAAGGUACCGUAGUAUACUGUAAUGAAUUUAAAAUAUCUUAUCAUAAAAACGAAUGGCGGCUGACGACAAUGAAUAUAAUCCGAAACGGGAAAAUAACUUUGUUAAUGAAUAAAACAUUUAACGCCGCAAAUAGGUUUGAAACGUCCAAAAACGUGUUUUAAAGAUAAAUGCUAUUCGAAUCGAACUUUAUUUACAUAACUAUAAAUAUAUUAGUAUUAUAACAAACUAAUUUUUUUUUUUUUUUUUUUUAUUUGGUAAUACUUUUAUUUUUCACUGUUCUGAUUACUAGCGUGAACAAUAAAGUACGCUGCUUUUGUCCCAUAUCUAUACAGCUAAACUAGAGCAACAAACAGUAAAAUAUAUAAAUGGUUUGAAUUAAAAAAAUAAUAAUCCGUUUACUAUUUAGGUCGCCGUCAGUUAUGACCGCGUCCGCGGUACAUAAUACAAUAAUAUUACUGCAAUGGACCAGCCGCUAGAGAUCUCAUAAUACGAAAAAAAUACAACAAUAUAUUAGAUAAUAAUCGACAAACGCACGUGGAUUCGACGUUCCGAACGUCAUCGCAGGACAAACUCGGAGCACGAUUUGUAACUUCCGAUUUUUAGAGGCCUCGUAUAUUUUUUUAUUUUUUUUUUUUUACUAUCGUUAUUGAAUUAUUCGAAAAUACUAAUUAGUAGAGACCGGAUUUAUAUUAUGUUAUAAUCCACGAAAAGACGUUUUAAAACACCAAAAAAGCCCUGAAAAAAAAAAAAAACACUCAAAAAUAUUUAAAAAAGUAAAAAUGAUAGAUGGGUUUUAAAGUCCUCCUCUAAUGGCUCUAAGUUAUUAAAUUAAAUUUCCUAACUCUACAAAAAUUGUUUAGUUUAAAUUAAAUUUGUGCGUAUUAUAAAAAAAAAAUUACUUUUUAUUAAUCAUUUUUGUCGUGUUAAAAAUUGUAUUUAGAAAUUAAACGCCUUCAAUACUUUUGUGUUUUAAUAUAUUUGUCAAGUGAUUUUUUUGUUUUUUGAGGCUUUUUAACGUUUUCAAGCGCUUUUUUGUGGAUUUUAAGACCCUAUAAAUUCGGUCUCUAAUUGGUCGUACUAGAAUUAGGCGUGGUUCGUAAUAAUAAUACAAAAGUAGUUAUAGAUUGAGAAUGUAUAGCUUUAUGUAUAAUUCUAUAUAGUAUAGAAUUAUAGACCGCGGUGUGAUUGGACAGAGUGGAGGGAGCGACAGAAUCGUUUUAUAUGGUAAAAUGGUGGGAUUAAAGGUACAAAGGAAAUUCUAUAAAACUAAACAUACAGCUGUGAGACCGUAAGUAGCAGAAAUGAGAACUUUAAGACGGAUGCGUGGUGCAACCGAAUUAUAUAUGAUUAAGAAUGAAUAUUAUAAGAGGUCUCGUCUAUAUAUGGGAGUAAAAAUGAGGGAGAAUAUAUUGCGAUGGUUGUCGGCUUGUUUGGAGAGGAGAAACGACAAGAUAAUGUGUGAGAUAAGUGCGGUGUGGACGGAAGCUAUGGAAAAGAGAUGAUAGGCCUGCAAAGAAAGAAUGGUUAGACGUUAUUGUAGUAUGGGGACAUAUGAGAGGGCUAUGUGUGGAAUAGACCAGGAAAUUGUCACAGCGAGCUUUAAGGAACAACUACGCGAAAAAAAUCCAUUCGAAAUCUUAUCAAUAUCAUUCUUAAAUCUUAUCAAUAUUGAUAAUACUUACGGGUUUUAAAUUUCGGGGGAAAUGAGAAAUGUAUUGGCUUUACUAUGAUGUGUUUACGGCUUUAUAACAAGAAAUCUCGCUUCAAUCAAAAACUUAAUCCAAACUUUGUUGUAACAUUUUUGAUCUGGUCGGUGCACUGAGGAGGUAAUUUGUCGAUUUCUCGUGUAAUUUUCUUAAUAAACGGAAAAAUCCGGCGAUUCGUUGAUAUCCGGAUUACCUUGGCGUACAAAUUAUACAUCCAUAUAUCAUCCUCCCUUCCGAAUUCCCUGCUACUACCGCAGAGGCGUAUCCAUCGGCUGUGUCGGUCUUUUUUUUUUUCUCGUUACCCAUAUCUCUUAUUUCGGAAUCACCGAAACCUGCGUAACCCGGGCUCGUACGUAAUAAUUAGGAUUCGGAUUUGAAUGCAAAAUCUGAUGUUUUUUUUUGAUAAUAAUAAUAGAAAAAUAAUGUUUACAUGAAAAUGUGUUUCGUUUAAUAUCGAAGAUGAUGGAAGUAUUUUUUUUUUUUACCUUUUUUUUCUUUGUUUGUCUUUUUUACUCUUAAAUGCCUUUUUAUGUUUAAUUUUCAAUUGAUCUGAUAGUUUUAUACUCGAUACGAAUAUUAACGGUACAAAUCGAUAAGAGCUUGUGGAGGCGGCGUAUUGUCGAUGAUAUGUUUAAAAUUAUUUCCGAUGGGUUUUAUUAUCGGCGAUAUUUGUCGAGUUUUCUGGUACGGCCAGUUAAUUUAACUUUUAUAAAAGUAGUUGGACGAAUUCAACAAAGUAAUGUCAAACAACUAAGGAUGGGAAAAGGUCAAUAAAAUCAAUCGGGUAUUAAUUGGAGAAACAACAAACGAUAACGAUUCGACGAGUAGGAAUCUUAAUUUCGAAAACCAUUCACGUAUGAAAUACGCCCCAAUAACUUCAUGUGGACGCAGAAAGAUCGUUUUCUAUGUGCGAGCCCAAACCGUCGACGUUUUAUUGAAGACUGUAACCGAUUAUCUAAGUACAUAUCGGUAUUGAAUUUUUUUUUUUUUUCAGUACGGUCUGGUUGAGUCGACUGCAAUCUAUUUGAUUUUUUAGUAAAUUUUGUAAUCGUUUUUUUUUUUUUUUUUUUGUGCCUUUUUUCACAUUUGUACGCUUUUUUUAUUAUUAUUAUAACGCCUUGAAAUCCGAACCCUGGUAAUAACAUAUCGUAUCGAUAUGGUUACACGGUAAUACGCAACGCGAUUGUGUGUGUGUGUGUGUGUGUGUCGAUUCAUUCUGCCGUCCGAACGCCGUAUUUGUGUGUACACGUGUGCGUGUAUGUAUAUAUAUAUAUAUGUAUGCACGUACAACAACAAUAAUUAUACUUGGGCACCUGCAGCGCCUUCUAGGCGUACGCGCGGAAAAUCGAAAAGGCGUUUCGCGCGCACGGUCGCGACCGCGGUCCGCGACAACGGAACGCGCGCAAAAUCGAUCACGCGCGUGUGACAGCGUCUCGUGUGAAAACACGGCCGCGGUAAUUCAAUUUUCGCAGCCGCAUGUCCCCCUGGCCGGACUCUGGCGGCUGUGAAGAAAUCGAAAGUGUGGCUAAUUAACAAGGACCCCGUUUCGAAUGGCCCGUGUCACCCGCGGUCGGCGGCGCGCGCGCGUUUUCGGUCCGAAUCGAACGUGAUUCGAUAUAUGCGCGUAACAAUAAUGAUAACGAUAAUAAUAUAUACGUAUGCAUGUAUACGGGUAACACGUUAUAUCCGGACGUUUUGUCGGCGGUGUUUGUUUGUUUGUUUUUUUUUUUUUUUUCAUGCUGUCGGCCGUCCGAAAUAACGCGCGCGCACAACGGACGGCGAACAGGAGUGGAGAGAAAAAAAAAACUCGGAACGCCGAUACUCGUAUCGAUAAUAUUUUAUCGUCCGUCGCGCAACAGCCCGGCCGCGGCAGUCCGGUAGCCCGCGGGCCGGGCCGGGAACCCGUUCGGCCGUGCGCCGUGUUCCGGACGGGAUUCCGCCGUGCGACGCGCAGUACCGAGGAAACGCGCCGUCUUUGGCGACCGCGAAAAUCGGGGCGCCGCGCGCGUCGUACGGUUGAACGAACUCCCGUCGCGUACGGUAAAAGCAGAAUGUACGCGGACGUUCGGACGGCGAGCGAUCGCGUGCGCGCGACCUGACCCCGACCCGACUGCCGGCAGUCAAAACCCCCGGAGAGCCCGAAAGCGGCUCGAGAGUUUCGGCGACGGUGCCGUGAGAAAGCCAGCCGAACGGGCGACGGAAAAGGCGUCGAAAAUAAAUCACUAAAUCGCCACUUUGAAGUACCAUUUUGGACGGCUUGAGUUUUCAGAAAAGGCGAUACAUUACUUGUACAUCGGAGCUAGUUUACUGGGAAAAAAACUAUGUCCACAGACUAGAACAAAGAACGAACGGGAAAAACCGUUUGUUUAUACGAUUCAAAAUUUCGCAUAAACAAACGCCCCGGAGUCCGCGAGCGAGUUGUACUCAAUUGUCUCGCAAAAGAAAUAACUCACGGAUACUCACGUAUCGUUUGGGUCGGCCCAUCACGUGAAUUCGAAUAUGAAAUUAAUGUUAUUUUUAUUACCACCUCAAAACCUAUCGGACGCAGAAAAAAAAAAAAACCCCGGACAUAGGACCCAACAUAACCUAACCUAACGCGUUUGCGUGUUUUUUUUUUUUCCGUAAGGAAACGUAACAGUAAUAAUGAUAAUUAACGGGUGUAUCGUACACUGUAUGAGAUCGAAAACCCACGUCGGAGUAUGCAGACGAUUAUAAUAACAAGCCGUCGCGACCGGCUGAUGAAGGAAUGUUAAUUUAUUUAUCUCGGUUCGCCUAACUGUCUACGGCACAGAACACCAGACAACCCCGGAAUUAAAGUUUAAUUCGACGAUCGCAGUUCGGUCAUCAUCGUUAUCAACAGUGUACACGACCGGUUUACUCGUAUGAUAAUAACGUAUUGUGAAUUACUUUAAUUUAAUGCUCGCGUUAUCGCGUGCUUUUCGUCGUUCGAAAUACAUUUUUUUUUUUUCUCGUGUUUAUUAUUUCAAAUUAUAAACCGUCAUGAUAGGUAUAACGUGUCGGAGUAAAAUGCGAUUCAGUUUUAAAUGCACACGCUUGCUCAGGUACUUACGUAUCUAUGUGUUCAGAGGUUUAUCGAACUCUCAACACGGAAAAUGUCCGUUUCAGUCGCGGUUCGGAAUACAAAAGGGCAUGUGUAAUUCUUAUCGUCAGCGUCGCAGCGAUCGGGGUUCCUACUAUUUCUUUAUUUGAAUCAGCUUGGUCUCCACGUCGGAGACACCCGUGUAUAUUAACAUUCCAAAACCGCUUUAUAUUUUAUUUCAAGGUGAUAUGUAUUACGUAAUAUUGUUUAUGUUCAUAAUAGCGGAUUCUAAGCCCCUUAAAUUCAUUUCCGAGAACGACGCAUAGCCGUACUGAAUAUUCAAUUCGUAUUUAUUCAGCUAUUAUCGUAGCUGUUUAAGUUGUUGACGUUGCUGUUGAUGUCGUUUCGUCGUUGUCUAUCGUACAAAAUGAGUCUCUCUACUCAUGAACGAUUAUUACUAUUUUGCAACAAUAGGAGUGGGCAAGCCAUCUUACAAAGGAUGCAAGUUAAACGAAUAUCUCCUGCAUAAUAUGAUUAUGACGUAUUCAAGAAUAAAUCUAAAAAUAAUACACACAUCAAUAGCGGUGUGCCGUUAUCUGUUUCACGUUUGUUUUUUAUUACACGUUUACUAUGCAGUUUUGAUUCGUUAUUUUUAUACAGGCUGUUGUUUUAGAAAAUCAAAAUAUGAUAACCUUAAAGUACCGCCCAGAUAAAAUGUUCUUUCAGAAAAAGUACUACAUUUGAAAAUCGGAACAAGAUGUCCGGUAGAAAAGUUUUGUUCACAGAUAAAAAUUAAAUGAAAACAAACAUCAUUGUAGAACCGAUAUAUUCCUCGUUACGUUCCCAAUUUAAAUGGACCGUGUUAAUGAAGUUUGUCUCGUUUCAUUGAUACUAUUCAAAUCCGUAUAUUACUUAUGUAUUUUUCAUAAGUCUCGAACCUGUAAACGAUAAUAUAACUUUAUUAUGACUAAUCAGCGUGAUGUGUAACAAAACUAGUUAAUUUCAAACUGUUUUUUUGUUUUGUAAAUAUUAUACAAUAAUUACGACGCUCGGUAAAAGAAAAUCGAUGAUAUAAUAUCUGUGUUAUGUUAAUCUUCUAUGCAAAACUGGACAAUAACUAUAGCUUAUAGAUAGUUAAAAAGCUAAAAGUUAACCUUUAGGCUUUGACUUUGUAUUAAUUUAAAUUGUUUGUUUAUUUUGUUUUAUAUCAAUUUAAUUGAUACCCAAUCAAUUAAUUUUGAAACAAACAGUGUUAAUUUCAAUUCCUUUUAAUUUAGCUCAAUGUUAAAUUUACAAUAUCUUAAUACAGGUUAAUAUAAACAUUUUUUUUUUUUUACUCGGGCUUCAAAAUAUUUAUAAUUUAAUAUUCCCGGAAAACCCCUCCCUCCCCGGUGUUUCACACACAUUGAUCAAAAUCGCAAACUCUAGAUUUAAACAUUUUUACACUAUGGCGAUAACAAUUUAAAAAAAAAACAAAAAUGUUUAGGUACUUAACUUAAGUUAUUAAAUUAGUCAAGUUUUCAGAUUAACUUUUGACUUAACUUGGUAAAUUAAUAAACCAAUUGAUUUUUUAACGUAUCAUCUUAUCAACUUAUUUUGCAAUUACUUUAAAUGACUUAAUAUUGUCCAUUAACUCGUUUUCCGCCUUUGCCCUCUGCUUUUAUGAAAGAAACACAUUUUACAGAGUAGUAAUUUUAAAACUUCACGAACGAUUAAUUUUCAGAAAUUGAUUGACUUCAAAAUAAAAUCGAUAAAAAAAAAAUUACAGGUCCCAAUAGUAAUUGUGACUUUUUAAAAUAAAUGGUUUUACUAGGUAUAUUUAAAGCGUGAUAUUUAAAAAAAAAAAAAUAAAAAAAAAAAACGUAAUCUCACGUUUGUAAAAAAAAAAAAAUAAGAUAUAACGAAAUAGGUACCUUAUUGAAUUUGAUUUGUAAGGCCGCGGUGCGUUUAUUAGUUUCCGCUCCGCUCCAGUUCGAUAAUUUUAUUUUAUUGUGUAUCCAAAUGUUACGAGUAAAUAAAAACAAUAAAAUCAGCAACCAUGAAAAAUCGUUUUUGUUUUUUUUUCUAUGUACACCUGUACAUAUUAUAUAUUCUUGAUAAAACAAAAAAAAAAAAUGUCAAAGUUGCAGUAGGUAUUGGUUUUUUAUAAAAAAAUUUACUUUCUUUUCUUUUCUUAUUUUUAAAUUAAGUAAUACGCAUUAGUGGUUCCAUUACUGCGGUAUACUCUAUUGUUUAAUUGUAAUACAGUAAACAGUGUUUAUUAUAUGUAAUAGGUAUACGGUAGAUGUACAGAGACUCCCUGCUACUGUUUGAUUAUGUUGUUUCUAGAAAAAGAUUUUAAAUCAAUUAUUAACAUAAAACAAAAUAAUGAAUAUUGAAUAAUGUAAGCAAAUAUGUUAUAUAAAAAAAUAUACUAUUGAGAAACACAACGUAAUGGUUUAUUACUCAAGUAUUAUUUACCAACUGUUAUAAUACUAUGACCCAACGAUCGGGAAUUCAAAUAAAUAAAUUAAGAAAAAAAAAAACAAAAAAACAAAACUUUUGAAUCCAUCGUGUAACAAACAAUUACACGGUGUAAUAACUGUAUUUUUUACUGCGGGUACUUCUUACAACAAGACAGAUUUUUGUGAAGCUAAACAAUAUGAUAACAAAAACAAUUAAAGACAAUUAUUUUUGAAACGGUUAUUAUAUUCAAAUGCACAAUAUGGCGGCUGUAGAAUUGUCGUUAUUUUACCGCCCCUAGUAAUGUAUUUACAAUAGUAAUUAUUAACGAUAUAUUAUUAUUAAUGUCUGCUUAAUGAAUUUAGGAAAACUCCAAAAGUCAUAACUAAAUACCUAGUGCCUAUGCUCCCUGCAGUGACUCGUAUUUUACCUACUAACACUUCCCAUAUUGUUACAUUUUAUGUAUCCCGAUACCCGCUAUAGAAGUAUCAGUGUCAGAAUGAUUUUUUUUUUUUUUCGCAACGAGAUUAUCGCUAUUUACGAAGACUUUGGCUAUUCUAAUAUAUCAAUUUAUAUUUUAUAAUAUAGAUUAUUGAAUCAUUUAUUGAUCUUUUUACAACACUCUCAAAAACAUUAUCCUUAUCCGUAUACACCAUAAAUACAACAUUUAUAAACUUAUAAUUUUCAAUCCCUCCUCCUCUUUUCGACCAGAUCUAAAGGGAAUAAUAUUGUCUAAAAUAUUUGAUACGCAUAAUACCUUUUUUUAGAUUUACACCAUUUAUGAGUAAUUAGAACAGUUUAAAAUCAAGAAUAAGGAAAGGGUGAAAAUUGUUAUUAAUUGUAUUACCAGUGCCUAUUUCUCCGGUGUAUCCACAUCCAUGUGUACCAACUAUUCAUAGUAUUAUCCACCCAUCAACGUGAUAUUUAGAAAAAUAUUCAUUUUCUCGUUUGAGGCAUAACGUAUAACAAAUAUCCUUACUCAAAAUCCUCCGAGAAAAUCGCCCUGUGCGUUGACGGUAUAUUUUUAAUGCUUGCUAAUAAAUAUUGUUAACAUUGCCAUUCAAAACGAAUCACUGGAGUGACUAACUGUUAAUUAUUAUUAAUUCACUUAUAUAUUAUUAUAGUAAUAUACUUUUAACACGCGGGUUUAACUUGAUGCGUCAUUGAGGCCGUGUCCGUACUUAAAUAAACAAGCAUCUUUAUUAUGUUAUUAAUCAUAUAGAAUUACCUACCGACUGUUGAACUUGAAAAAAAUUCGGAUGCGCAUAGGAUAUUAAAUAUAAUAAUAAGUUAGUGUUGUUCUCCGAAGAAAAUUCAAUAUUAUUAUGCGAGUGUAAUAAUAACAUUAUGUGCCCAGUCAUUUGGAAACGACCGUAUAAUAACAAUAAUGAUAUGACAAACGUUUUUUUUUUUAUUGAGUGCGCAUCCGUGUUGUUCACGAUAUUAUAAUGAGUAGAGAGCGGAUGUUUAUGCAUUUAUCGUAUUCGUUUACAACAUCCAAAUGAAUGCGGAGUAAGAUAGAAAUUUGUUUCAACACUCAAAGAAUUCAAAUUACAAAUUUAAUUUUGCGUAUUUUGGCAUAUUUGUUCUAAUUUUACUUGCUUGAUCAUAUUUUCAUAUUCAUCAUGCUUUUAAUGGAUAUUUGAGGUUUUUCGUAACGUACAACGAUUAUUUUUCCCAAAACUAGAAAAACCUGCGAUAGUACAUCGGUCGCGAAAAAUCGGUCUUGUGUCAGUAUUUCAGUUGUGCAAUGUGUUUCACUACGAUUCGUUCGUUUCGUUUUCGUCCGAAACGAGUUCCUAUGUUGUAUAAAGCUUUAUACCUGUUUAUUUCAAAAUGCCGAAAACUUCCAAACCGUUGUGACGACGUAUUUUUGUUUAUGAAUUUAAAUUUUUUACUAUCGGUGGAAUUGUUUUGGGCUGUACAUCGUGUAAUACUUCAGUAAAUGGUGAUCGACGUUUUUUAGUGCUUCAGCAUAUCGAUACAAAUAAACAUAUCAAAAAUUCCAAAGAUAAACCUUUGUCAACAAUAAUUUUAUUGAUGCAUAUUUUAAAUAAAUUCUAAGCAUAUUUUUAUACUUUGUAGUGCGUAUUUUUUAUUUAUUUAUUUUUUUUUUUUGAGCACAAACAUUAGCUCUCUAAUAAUGAGUGUCGAAUCUGUCGUUAAGAUAAUUCAUUAAAUCGAUAGGGAAAAAAGUUUAAGAUUAAGAGGUGACGUCAUCGCAGUCGCGUUGUUUGCCGUCUGUGCUGUCUAACGCGUAAUAUUUAGAAAAAAUGUGUUUUCGGUUUUCCGAAACGGUACUCUGCACUCUGCAGCAAUUACGACAGACUAAAAACGAAAAUUAUUUCACCGAAUAAAAGACAAUUCGCUUUGUUUUCACAGAGGGACUUUUCGGUAUCCAAUUCCCGAACAAUCUAUUCGUAUAGUUGAAAAUGUAAACGAAUUAAACAUUUUUUUUAUAAAUCUUAAUGUAUGUUUAAAUAACGAAAAACAAAAAAAUUCUUUCGAGAAAAAAUAUUAUCGUAAAUGUUGUCGUCUAAUGUUUUGUUUUUCGUCUUUAUUAAACUGCACAUUUUCGCUAUAAUGUCCGUUAGAAUGUCAGAAAUGACAAAUAAUGCAUAUUAAAAAGAUCUACGCAAGUAACUAAAUAUUUGCUGCAGUAUUCUGAGUACCUAUAAGAAAUCGUUUUAUUUCAAUGUAUAUAAUAUAUUUGAUUUGCUAUCUUUAUGUGAUUUUUUUUUUUUUUUUUUUUUGAACAUUUUAUGAAAAUAAAUUCUAUGAUGACAUCAAAUCUGCGGUUAUCGGUUUCGGUAUCCGUUCAAAAUAACAUUCGUGUAUACCUAAAGUAGGAUACUGAACAACAAAUAGUGAUAUCAAUUCAAACCUAAUAUCUUUCAAAAUAGGUUAAUAAAAAGACAGUUUUUAGUAGAUUUAAACGCAUCAAAUCGCGCUAAAAAUGAUUGCUCGUACAACCACAAAAUCUCCGCUUUGGAUAAAAAAAAUUGAUUUAAACAGCCCGUGAUUAUACGAAUAAAAAACUAGGUCGGGUCUACAGUUAUGUGUUAAUUCGUACACGCAUCGCGUUUACGCGCGAUCACAUGUACUUCUGAUAAUCGUGUGCAUUGUAUGCGACGCAUCACUAAUAAUUGUAUUUUAAAAUUAUACACGUAAAACAUAUUUUGAAUACACCUGACAGUAUGAUUAACAAUUUGUACAUACCGUAUUUGAUUACAGUGUCAGACGCCAGCGGUCAUUACAGCAGUGGUUAUUUCUGGGGCAAUACGUAUUGGUUGGGUUCGAAAAGUCUCUGUACCGAAAUAUCGGAACACGAUAAAGAAGUGCCGUUCAAAUUGGGAUUCAAUAUAAUAAAAACAUACAUCGCGUUGAAAGCGCCAAUCAAUUAUACGGUAAAUAUUAUUGCGUUUUGAUUUUUAAUUUAUUUUAUUGAAAUUUUAGUAACGCUAUUGUCACUAUUUACUAAUGAUAUAUCUGUUAGAAUUUAACGAUAUUCUCACACGCCCUAAGUAUUCAAGGGGUUGCGUAUAGGCAAUUUAAACGAAAAUUUUGAAAAAUCGACCUCUAUUACAUUUUACAAGGGAUUCCGUGUUGUUAUCCGCAUUAUAACAUUCAUUAGAGUUCUUGUUUCUUCAUCUUAGUACUUUCCCGCUUCAUUAAUUACCCAUGUGUCGCAACUAUAUAAAGCAACACUCCACACAAAUGUAUUUAUAAAUAUCUUUUUUAUUGCUCUAUUAGAAACCUCUAUCAAAAUCCUCGUUUGUUUUAUGAAAGCUGUCUUACAGCUUGUCCAUUUCUCUGUUUUGGAAUCAUAUUACUUCUCAUCGUCCGUCUGCUGUCUCGAGAAUGAGGCCGAGGUAAAAACCCGAGUAUUUAAAACUGAUAACUUGCAUUAAAAGUCAGUUUCUCAGGUACCCAUAUGGCUAUAUGUUUCGUUGAUUGUAGGUUCUCGGGCCCAGCCCAGAAUUUUUGUUUUUCGUGAAUUUACACGCAUAUAAUGUUAAUUUAUGAUCAAGAGAUGCUCUUUUUAUAAUAGUGUGUAUUUAAUCAAAACUAUGUACUUUUAUAAUCACCGUAUACAUAAUAAUAAACGUGUGUACCUAUAUUUGAUUCACGUAUCCAGGAAAGGUAUCAAUAUUUAGGUAUAUGUAUGCCUUACUCGUGUACGAAACAAGACGUGGACGAAAUGGUCAGUCAAUCGCUCCAACAAGACGAUGUACCGGAAAGAGACGUCAAAGUCACCAAAGUGAAAUCGCCGCACGAUUACUAUAACGUGUUUAGGGAUAGAAUUUUCUGGCUUCUCGUGUAAGUGCCCUGGUCACUCUGCGCUCAAAAUUGUGCAAAAGAAAAAGUAUACAUAUAAAAGUAUGUUUGUGUUUUACAGAAUAAUAUCGGCCGUGACCACAGUAUUUUUGAUAUUGGGAACGAGCUUGGACGUGUACCUGGAAAAUAACGGCCGUAACAAAACCAACGGUUUUAUGUUUGACAAUUAUAAAUACGCCGUGAGUAGCGCCAAGUUGCAACCACUUUCCGAACAUUCAAAAAUCGAUAUGGAAUCUGGUAAAAUAAUUAUAAACAAUUUAAUACUUAUACCUAACAAUCGGAAAUUCAAUGAAUAUAAUAAAUUAAAUUAAUGUAAAUACUUGUAUACAGAAACGUCUAAGAGCUCAGAAACGUUAUCAAAGGACCAACCAAUGACGUGUAAGUGCUUACAUAAAUCACCUAGUCUGUUACCUACAAAGGAGUGAAUAGUAAAUUAUAAUACUUAAGUGUCGAUUUAAUAACGUUCUCAGGUACGGUCGCGAACGUUUUGUUAGCGUUUUCGGUGCGAAGAAAUUUAAAACAAAUAUGCGACAAAACUAUAGGUGAAGACACGAUAUCCACGGUACACGGUCUCCGAUCGUUGAGCAUGGUGUGGAUCGUUUUGGGUCACGUGUGCAUCGUGUCCUUUAAAUACUCCGGUAAUUAAAUUACUGUGCAUCAUCGCAAUACAAUCCGUACUUUUUAUUAUUUACCCGACUCUACCCUGAUCAACAUUUUUCCACAUUUUUUUUUUAGACAAUAUGGAAUUCCGUAACGUCGCCGAACGUCAUUUAUUGUUUCAAUUGAUCAACAAAGCCACGUUUUCGGUAGACACUUUCUUCUUCAUCAGGUAUAUUAUCCAUAGAAGAUUACAUAACACCAUAGCCCAUCUCCAUCACCAUAAUAUCAUAACAUAAAUGCAACGAUUUUUUUCUCUUCUAAGCGGACUGUUGGUUUCGUUCCUCUACUUCAGGACCACGGCCAAACUGGACGUCAACAAACUGACCAAAACCACCGGUUUCCUGUCCAAUUUUAUCGAGUUCGUGGGAUUACUGAUUUACCGGUUCUGCAGGUUUGCGACGCACGGCACGAGAUAAAAAAUUCGAAAUACCCGCCUAUUUUAAUAUUACCUAUACUUAUUUCCACAGACUUACCGCCCCGUAUUUCUUCAUUUUGGGCAUUGUACAGCUGACCAUGACAUGGUUCCAUUAUAAUUCCGUAUUCGACCCGCCGACCGACGAGCACGUAAACUGCCCGAAAUAUUGGUGGCGGAAUCUAUUAUACAUCAACACGCUGUUUCCGGUUCAAGACAUGGUGAGUAAAAAGUAGAAUAAUUGAGUAAAAACCAAAACUGUCCGGCUCAUGUUAUCGUUAUUAUGAUAUAUAGUGUAUGCUUUGGAGUUGGUAUUUAGCAGACGACACGCAAUUCUACAUACUAGGAGUCAUUUUACUCAUAUUAUCUGCGCGGUAAGUCAAACGAUCACUUACAUAAUUAUAAACAAAAUUAGUUUUAUUUUUAACCGUAUAGCUAUUAACAGACUUAUUGUUGUUUUGACGAAAUGUUGUUAAAACGGCUUACAAUAGCUACUAGACAAUUAUCUAGUAAUGUUCAGUGAUUCCUCACCUUAAUCAUCAGCAUUCAUUUUUGAUACAUAAUAAUAUAUUAAUAUGUAAUAUAGACACGAACAGCUAACAGGAACAUACUACAACGGCAUUCAGAAAUAUUCUGACUGAUGACCACUACUAAACAUUUUUUUAUCGUUUUAAAACUCGGGAUAUCCCGAGCGCGUCCCGUUUUUAAUUGUUACCUUUUUUAUAGCCCGAGUGUGUCCAUCGAUAAAUCUGUACCUAUUUAACUGGUAAACUGAUCGCCGAGGGAACAGCGUUUAAUUUCAACUUCGAUAGUAAAACUAUAAGCAAGAGUCGCGCAGUAAUUUAAGCUAGUGCAGAACAAGUGUAGUGCUGCAAUUUUUUCCGUACCCUAGUAUCGAAACGGUGCCGUGAUUGAAAUAAAAUAACCAAAUAUUUUUGGGAUGUAAGCCAGUUCACCAUCUCGCGGUACCCCCUAAGUAACUCUUAAUGAACUAGGGCAUAUUCGGACUACAUUGAAAUUACGAUAUAUUUUCUUGGGACCCACUCGGUGCAUUGAAAAAGAAUAAUUUCGGUACGCACUCGGGUAACCCUGUUAUAAUAAUCGUAAAUUAUAAUAUCAAGGCACGCAAUAUAAUGCACAAAUGGUAAAAAAUAAAAAAAUGUACAAUUAACGCAGGUCUCCGCAGUGGCGUCGCUACGCCUCUGUAGGCCCUGGGCGGAAAUAAUUUGACUCCCGGACAACGAUAAAUCAAAAACAAAAUAUUAUAAUAAUAAAUAAUUACAUGUGGUCGUGUUACUGAGUAGUGUUCUCCAAUCAACUAAUCAAGUCCACUUGUAGGAAAAAUAUGAUAGUUGGAGAGAAAAUUCCAUCUAUCGUGCUUAAUGUAAACUUGUUAUACAGAUUGUACAAAUUAAUAAAUAUGAUAAAAAAAAAAUUUAAAUAAUUAAUAUAAUGUAAUGUAUUAUGCAUAUAAUAUUGUAUACGUAUAUAUUCUUACUUACCCGACUGAUUGAUGUUUCGAGUGAACUGUAUAUAUUAUACGAUUAGGUAUUACGCAUUAUUUCGCAACACAAACGCAACUGAUAAACAAUAACGAAUAUUAUCAUAUAACAGUAGCGGAACGGCGUCUGGCAGUGGGCACACAUAUGGAGGUGCUAGCGGUUACUUAUCACCUCCAGGCUUCAAGUUAGUACCCCGGCCAGUUUCUCUGAAUAAUGUAUUUCAGUAUUUCACCAAUAAUUUGUAAAUUAUUGUGGUUUAUUGGUUUGGAUAAAAUAUUAAUUUUUUUCCGUCACAAGUUCAGAAGUUCACAAUUAAAACAGUAGGUUGGAUUAGGUAUUGUGUGAAUGCACGUUUCAGUUUUCGUCCAAACAAUAAACAGCAAUCAUACAGGAAAUCAUACUUUAUAUUCCAAACGGUUAGCUAUGAAAUUAUGUUCUAUUUAUAAACGAGAUUGUAUACAAAUUUAAAAUUAUUAUAACGAGACUUAUUAUAGUAGUAAGGGGGGGGGCUAUUCAUAAGCUAACAUAAGCUAUUCUAGCACCUCCUAAAUUCACACACAAUGUUCACACCAAUGUGUUUGGCCCAGAGAAGUUAUUCAGCUAAAUUUACAAACAUAUUAUCUACAGUUUAAAAAUUCAUUUUAACGCAAUUUUAAUAUGUAGCGUAUAAAUAAUAAUUUAUCUCAAAACAUAUUUACGAAGACUUCUCUAAAAGUUCUGACUUAUCCCUGUGUUAAAUAUAGGCACCGAAACGUUAUCUUAACUACCUAUAUUAUAGCGACCUGCCCAUCACAAUAUAGUAACACAGUGUUCCGUAGACAGCAAAUUAUACAUAUUUAACGCACAACAUGACAUUGAAAAUUAAUUUUCAGUACCCGUAUAAAGCUACAUAAAGUAAAUAAACUAAUUGAACCUACACAAAGUACAAAAAUGUAUGAUUGUGGAUCUUGAGUUUACGUGUUUUCAAUUAAAACUGCAAAUGUCUAACUUUGAAUACCCGCGUAAUGUGUUUUAGGUAUUUCAAAGCAGCGGCUGCCACGUUAGUGAUCUGUACGGUCGCUUCGUGGUUCACGACCGGAUACAUAGCGUACACCAACAAACACAUGCCGAAGUGAGUGAAGACGGUGACGGUGUUAUUAAUGCGAAAUGUUUUGUUAUUAACUAUAAAAAUGUAUGCAAUUCGAUUAAAAUAUUAUAACACUGUUUGUAUUUCUUCCGACAGCAUUGACGAUCCCUUGGCGUUGUUCGACAAGAUCUACGACAAACCGUGGACGAGACUCGGACCGUACUUUGUGGGCAUGGCCAUCGGAUGGUUGUUGUUCAAGACGGAGUGUAAAAUAAAAAUGAAUCCGGUGAGUCGAAAAGCGAUCGAACCAUAAUAUUAUAAUAGAACCGCACGAGGGGAGUAUAGAAGGAGCCUGUCGUGACAAAAUUUAGGUCAGACGGACAACUCCGUUAAAUUUGAUCACAUCGAAAUCUAGAUAACAGUUGGGUGUAUCGAAAAGAAACAAACAACAAAAAUUAAUAAAACGAAGGGACGGGAAUUCUUGUCGUUCGUUCCUACAGAUUUACCGCCUGUAGUACUAAACUAAAGGUACUGGUUUUUUCUUGUAGCUAACGGUGAUUGCGGGAUGGACCGUAUCGUCGGCGGUGCUCGGCACUCUAGUAUUCGGUUUCCACCAAGUAAACCUACAUCCGGUUGUGGCCGCCGCGUACUCGUCAUUGAGCCACACCCUGUGGGCUAUGUGUCUGUCGUGGACGGUGAUCGCAUGCGCCACCGGGCACGGAGGUAAAAAAUCAAAAAUAUUACCAAACCGUUCAGUAUCCACAUAAAUAUUGCAAUAAUUUAUUUCGCAGGUUACAUGAAUAAACUGCUAUCGUGUAGAUUCCUAAUACCGUUCAGUCGCACCACUUAUUGCGCUUACCUAGUACAUCCGAUCAUCAUCAGGUAUGUGGUGAUGAAACGCGACACUCCACUUCACCUGACCGUGGAAACAGUGGUACGUACCCGAUACCGUUCAUGUUAUACUUGUGCACUGCCCACUGUCAAUAGGUUACCGCUGAAUAGAUCAUGGUGACCGCACACUUUGUAAUUCAAAAAGUCGGUCCUAUUAAGCAAAUGUAAAAAUGCCGAUACAAAAAAAAAAAGAAAAUUAAAAAUUUCCGUUCCUAUCACGAUCUAAGACGGUAGCGUAGCCAGGGGAAGGUUUUAGGUGUUUUAACCGCCCCCUCCUGUUGUUUUUAGCUAUAAGUGAGGUUCAAGAAAAUUGUAGACACCUAAACCACUCUGCUCAUUGGAGAUGAUACUCCAUUGGCUUAAGUCUUAUGCAGGAUGUCCCACGAAGAUAUACCCAUUGUGAUAUCUCCGGAAAUAAAAAAUAUUCUGCUUUUUUUUUUUUUUUUUUUUAUACUAUCCACUGGGAUAACGACUACGAAUACUUAUAAUGCAAUUUAUUUUUUAUGUUUUGGUAAAAACAAUUACUUUCUAUUUUAUUAUUUUUAAAAACAACAAUAUGCAUACAGAUGAGCCUAUUGAGUUUUUUUCGGAUCUAUUGAUCUAUUCCGUAGUUCCCUAUUCGAAAGAUAGGUACACACUUAUUGACAUUGGAUACGUAUAAAUAUUAACUAUUUUGUUCUUGCGCGAUUUUCAGGCAGUUUUGUUUUUGGGACAAAUCGUCGUGUCGUACUUUUUCGCGUUCAUCCUGUCGAUCGCUUUCGAAGCACCAAUCGUAUCGUUACUGAAACUGGUGUCGCCCACCAAACGAAACGUACACUGAUCACACCGCGAUUUUCUACUCCGUCGGCCAAUAGAGCGCCCCAUUACCUAUUAUUUUUAUUAUUAUUAUAUUGUUUUUUUUUUUUUUUUUUUUUUUUUUUUUUUUUUUUUAUGUACACUUUAGUGCAUAAUAUGUCAUAUAUACCAUAUAUACCUACCGCUCGUUCGGAGACUUACGAAGACUUGGAAGACUUCACGCACGAACGUUAUUUAUGACACUACGCGAGAGUACCUACUUGUAUAACCAAUUUAUAAACUAUACACAGUUUAUAAGUGUUAUAAUAUAAUUUAUAUGUUAAUUCGUGUUAUGGCCGUGUAGCACAGUAGAACGUAAUAUCGUAUCACGCGUCUUAAUAACGUUGUUAAUUGUUGUUAUAUAUAUUGUAUUUUAUGUUUUAUGUUUUUUUUUUUUUUUUUUAAUAUAUAUUAUAUUAUGUUUACAAAUAUUAUUACUUGCAAUUUCGUACGCGCGUAUUUGCUGUUACCUUGCUCGCCGGAUGUACAACGACAACCUAUAAUACAUACAGCUGUUGUGUUACGCGCAGUCUCGUUAAAUAUUGUAAUUACUUGUAGGUACUAAUUAUUGUAAAAAAAAAUAGUAAUAAAAUAACGACCAAUCGAGCGAGGCGAA